AACACCAUCACAUAAUCAACGAGAGAGAGAGAGAUCACGAAAAGAAUGGUUGAAGAGAAAGGGGAUAUCAUUCCCUUCGAUGUUGAAGGAGAAGAAAAAUUUAAACCUACCAAUAGUAAUAAGAUUUUGGUAGAAGAAGCUUAUAAGCACAUUGAAGUGCCUCCAUGGACGCAACAAGUAACCGUUAGGGCAAUGGUUACAAGUAUUAUUUUGAGUCUUGUAUUUACAUUUAUUGUUUGUAAGCUUAACCUUACAACUGGUGUGAUCCCUUCUCUUAAUGUGGCUGCUGGGUUAUUGGGUUUCGGUAUGCUCAAGUUCUGGACAAAAUUACUAGAGAAAACAGGUUUCUUGAAGCAGCAAUUCACUAGGCAAGAGAAUACUGUUAUACAAACUUUUGUGGUUGCAGCUUCUGGAAUUGCCUUCAGCAGUGGUACUGCAAGUUACAUAUUAGGUAUGAGUCCAAGGAUGGCUGCUGAAUCGGAGGGAGGAAAUACCCCAGAUAACGUCAAGACUCUUUCUCUUGGUUGGAUGAUUGGUUUUAACUUUCUUGUAAGCUUUGUUGGCUUGUUCUCUAUCCUAGCUUUAAGAAAGAUAAUGAUCUUGGAUUUAAAGUUAACAUACCCUAGUGGGACAGCUACAGCAUACCUCAUCAACAGUUUUCACACACCCAAAGGAGCCAAAUUGGCAAAGAAGCAAGUUGGCUUUCUAUUCACUUCUUUCGGUGGUAGCUUUCUCUGGGCCUUUUUCCAGUGGUUUUUUACAGCGGGUGAUGGGUGCGGUUUUACUAGUUUUCCUACUUUCGGCCUAAAGGCAUUUGCUAAUAGGUUCUAUUUUGAUUUCUCAGCUACAUAUGUGGGUGUUGGAAUGAUUUGCCCUUACAUGAUAAAUGUUUCUUUGCUUGUUGGAGCUAUCAUUUCAUGGGGAAUCAUGUGGCCAUUAAUUGAGGCUAAGAAAGGUGACUGGUAUAGAGCUGAUCUACCUGGAAACAGUCUCCAUGGCAUUCAAGGAUAUAGAGUUUUUAUUGCUGUUGCAACAAUGCUCGGUGAUGGUCUAUACCAUGUCCUUAAAAUGUUAGUCAUAGCCUUGACUGAUUUUAUACCAAAAGUAGCCAAAUUGAAAUCUUCUAAGGACACAUCUUUUGUAGCUCCUUCUGGCAACGACAACACUGAAAUUGUUAACUAUGAUGAACAAAGGAGAGUAGAAUUCUUUUUGAAAGACAAGAUCAGUCUUUGGAUAGCGUUGAUUGGUUACGUUGUUUUUGCCGCCAUUUCUAUAGUUGUAGUACCAGUAAUUUUUCAUCAACUGAAAUGGUACCACGUUUUGGUUGCUUAUGUGAUUGCCCCAGUUUUGGCUUUCUGCAAUGCCUAUGGAUGUGGUCUAACAGAUUGGUCUCUCGCAUCUAACUAUGGCAAAUUUGCUAUCAUCAUUUUUAGUACUUGGGUUGGUCAUAAGGGCGGCAUCAUUGCGGGUCUUAUAGCUUGUGGUGUAAUGAUGAACAUCGUUUCAACAGCAUCUGAUUUAAUGCAAGACUUGAAGACAGGAUAUCUUACUCUAUCGUCUCCUCGGGCAAUGCUGAUUAGCCAAAUACUUGGUACUGCGACAGGUUGUUUGAUGAGUCCUCUAGUGUUUUGGUUCUUCUACAAAGCUUACACCAUAGGUGAUCCUCAAGGCACUUACCCUGCACCAUAUGGGCUAAUCUACCGUGGCAUAGCCAUUCUGGGGGUAGAGGGUCUCUCUUCUCUUCCGAAAAACUGCCUUGCAUUAUCCAUCUCAUUUUUCCUUGCUGCGAUACUAAUUAACCUUGUCCAAGACUUGUUACAAAAGUAUGAAACCAAGUACAGGAUCUACAGAUUUAUUCCGAGUCCAAUGUGUAUGGCGAUUCCAUUCUAUCUUGGUUCUUAUUUUGCUGUAGAUAUGUGUGUUGGAAGUUUGAUUUUGUUUAUCUGGAAUUGGCGUAACAAGCAACAUGCUUCUGACUUUUCACCUGCACUUGCUUCUGGGCUGAUUUGCGGGGAUUCUUUGUGGGGAAUUCCAGCAGCUAUACUUUCUCUUGCUGGCGUUGCUCCUCCUAUCUGCAUGAAGUUCCUUUCUGCUGCUGCUAAUGCCAGGGUCGAUACGUAUUUGGCUGGAUAAUGAAUUAGUGUUGGGUCUUUGUUUUGCUUGUAGUAAGGUUAAUGUUGUUCUAGAACGUUUAAUUAGAUGCUACUACUUUAAGUACUUUUUUUUUUUUCUUUUAA